UUGCUGCCAGCCUGGCAGGGAGGUGGCGUCUUGGCAGGAGCUCGGCCUGGAGCAGAGCUCUCAGAGUUGGCAUGGAGAGACUGACAUCUAGGGGACCACCUGGCCACCUUCCUCAGGGGGAGGCCUCUGCCUGCUGGCGGCUCACCAUGAGGGUCCUGGAGGCGCGGGGCCUGGGCUGGGCUGACGUGUUGAGCGAGGCAGACCCCUAUGUGGUUUUACAGCUGCUAACUGCACCUAGAAUAAAGUUUAAGACCAAAACCAUCACCAACUCUAGUCAUCCUGUAUGGAAUGAGACCUUCAGUUUCCUAAUCCAGACUCAAGUCAAGAAUGUUCUGGAGCUGAGCGUCUAUGAUGAGGACCCAGUCACACAGGAUGAUCUUUGCUUCAGGUUUCUCUACGACAUCUCAGAAGUCCCCCCCGGCAAGCUGCUCCAGAAGACCUUCUCCCUGCGUCCCCAGGGACAGGAGGAACUGGAUGUGGAGUUCCUGAUGGAAAAAACGUCAGAAUGUCCAGAAAACCUCAUCACUAACAACGUCCUUGUGGCUCGGGAGCUGUCAUGCCUGGAUGUCCGUGUGGAGAGCAUGAAGAGCACAGUCGUGGUCUCAAAUCAGGACGACCUGGAGCUGGAGCUGGUGCUGAAAGGGUCAUAUGAGGACACACAGACAUCUGCCCUGGGCACAGCCUCUGCCUUCCGCUUUCACUACUUGGCGGCUCAGGAGGCAGAGUUGAGUGGGCGCCUAAAGAGCUCCAAAAGCAAUGGCUGGAACUCAGACAGCUCAGCUGGGCACCUCACUGUGCCCCUGAGGCCCGUGACUGUGGGGAAGGAGCUGGCCGUUGAUGUUCCUGCUACAGAUGCCCCAGGAGUGAAGCUACAGCUCAAGGCUGAGAGCUGCCCUAAGGACCUGGCCGUGCGCCUGGGCUUCGAUCUGUGUGCAGAGGAGAAAGCCUUCCUGAGCAGGAGGAAGCAGGUGGUAGCCAAGGCCCUGAAAGAGGCCCUGCAGUUGGACAGAGACCUACAGGAAGAUGAGGUCCCCAUCGUGGGCAUCAUGGCCACAGGAGGAGGUGCCCGGGCCAUGACCUCUCUCUAUGGCCAUCUGCUGGCUCUGAAAAAGCUGGGACUCCUGGACUGUGUGACCUACUUCAGUGGCAUCUCGGGAGCUACAUGGACAAUGGCCCAACUAUAUGGAGAUCCCGAGUGGUCGCAGACAGACCUCCAGGGACCUAUUCAACACACCCGGGAGCAACUGGCCAAGAGCAAGUUGGAAGCCUUCUCCCUAGAGCGCCUGACAGCCUAUCGCCGGGAGCUGGAGCUGAGAGCGAAGCAGGGGCAGCCCACAACCUUUGUGGACCUGUGGGCUCUCGUGCUGGAGUCCAUGCUGCACAGCCAGGUGACGGACCAGAAGCUGUCAGGACAGAGAUCUGCGCUGGAGCGGGGCCAGAACCCUCUGCCCCUCUACUUGAGCCUCAAUGUCAAAGAUAACAAUCUGGAGACGCUCGACUUCAAGGAAUGGGUCGAGUUUUCCCCCUAUGAGGUCGGAUUCCUGAAGUAUGGAGCUUUUGUCCCUGCGGAGCUCUUCGGCUCUGAGUUCUUCAUGGGGCGUCUGAUGAAGAGGCUGCCUGAGUCCCGCAUCUGCUUCCUGGAAGGUAUCUGGAGCAAUAUUUUCUCCCUAAACUUGCUGGACGCCUGGUACGACCUCACCAGCUCUGGUGAAGCCUGGAAGCAGCAAAUCAAGGACAAGAUCAGGAACCUGGGGAGGAAAGAGGACGCCCCUGCCUCCUCGAGGACCUCUUCGUGGCUGGAGGACUUGUGGCUGCAGCCUGGGACGGCACUGGCCCGGGCGUUUAAGGGCUUCCUGACAGGCAGGCUGCUCUACCAGCAUAGCUCCAACUUCCUCCAGGGCCUGCAGCUGCACCAGGACUAUUGUGACCAGAAAGAUUUCUCUACCUGGGCAGACAGCCAGCUGGACUCCAGCCCUGGCCAGCUGACCCCACAGGAGCCCCAGCUCUGCCUGGUGGAUGCCGGCUACUUCCUGAACACCAGCUCCCCCUCCAUGUUCCGGCCAGGCCGCAGGCUGGACCUCAUACUCUCCUUCGACUACUCCCUAUCCUCGCCUUUUGAGACACUGCAGCAGACUGAGGUGUACUGCCAAGGCCGAGGGCUGCCGUUCCCCCGCGUGGAGCCCAGCUCCCAGGAUCAAUGCCAGCCCAAGGAGUGCCACCUCUUCUCCGACCCCACCUGUCCCGAUGCCCCUGUCCUGCUGCAUUUCCCGUUGGUCAAUGCCUCCUUCAAGGACCACUCCGCCCCAGGUGUCCAGCGCAGCCCUGAGGAGCUACCAGCUGGCCAGGUGGACCUCACCGGGGCCACCUCACCCUACGCCAUGUUCAACAUGACCUACAAGGAGGAAGACUUUGACCGCCUGCUGCAACUCAGCGAUUACAAUGUUCAGAACAGCCAGGACACCAUCCUACAGGCCUUGAGGACGGUCCUGAAGCGCCAGCCCCAGGGGGACAGACUUCCAGGGGCACAGUCUUGAGGCUGCUCAGGGGCCCCAGCACCCCGAGGACCAGGCUGUUUUCCAAAGCAGCUGCACAAUGCAUUCUGCACUCCUGUCAGCACUGUACGAGGGUUCCAGUUCCUCCACCCUCGCCAUACUUGUCAUUGCUGU